AUGACGGCGAAGGGCCCGUCGGACGCAGCAGGCGUGGGCACUGUCGCUGUCGCUGUCGCUGUGGCCGACGACGAGCUCGGACGCUGGGGCGGCGAGGCGACUCUGUGGAGAUUGGAUCAGAUUGUGGGAGCCAUCUUCUUGGAAGCCGAUAAGUCGAACGCAGUCCGCGGAAGAAUACAACAACGUAUAAGUGCCUCUACCACGCUCCACCGCGACUUCUCCUCCCCAGCCUUCCUCUGCCCCUGCAUGGCCAUUUCCAUGUCCUACUCCCUCCCUCCUCCAAAACGGCGACGCACUGCCACCUCUGUCCUAUCUGGCGACUUUGAUCCCCGCCCGCCCCGCGACGUCUUGACCUCCCUGCUGAACGGUGUCUCGAUGUACAAAGAAGUCGAGCAGCUCGAAGAGGUCCGCCGCAGCCGCAAGAGGAAGGACAAGGAGAGGGAGAAGGAAGAUCUCGAGAGAGAGAAGAAACGCGCAAAGACAACCCCCAAGCCCCCCAAGCUCCCUCCGCUCCCCGCCGCGUCCACAUCUCUCCCCGUCGCGCCCUCCGCUGGCGUCCCCAAGCGCCCCACAGCGAUCACCGCCCCAGUCGCCUCUAGCUUCUGGCGCGCACGGCCAGCUAUUCAUAUUGCAUCUGCGACCCGUUCAGUGUCCGUCACACCACCGCCCAUGGACUCGUCGCCGCCCCCGACUCCUGGCCCGUCCAUCUCCUCGACGACGUCUGCAACGUCGUCCAAGCGGCCACACACACCUGACGACGGCGAGGACAUCCGCAGUCGCCACCGGAGCGAGACGGCCACUCCACCGCCGAACCGGCCGAGAAAGAAGCGGACGGCAGUUCGCAAGGGCUGGAAGGGCUGGGUCGAGGGCUCGCCCCCGCCGUCGGAAAAGCUGAUCAACCUGGAUGUGGUCAACGUCCUCCAAGAGAGGAAGACGAGGAGUGGGAAGAAUUUUGAUGCUAUCGGCGUGGGCAAGGAUGGCUGGGUCUAA